GUUUCUGUAGGUCAAAAUAGUUGAAAAUGGGACAUUUUACCCAGUCCAGUGUGAGCAUUUCCCUCUACCAGAAUGUCAGCUCCAGGAGAGUUGGGGAUGGUUGCGUUGUUCACAGCCCUGUCCCCAGACAAAGCCUAGCACACAGCAGGCACUCAGUCAAUGAUGGGCAGGGGGUUGAGGGAACCAGACCACUCCAAGGAGCUCCGCACACGACACACGGGCCCGACGUCGAGCCAGAGGGACCGGGGCGCCGCCCUGUACCUCGCAAUCUCGGGCGCCUUCCCGGCGGCGGUGGCCAGGCGGGGUGGGGCUCGUCGUCAUCCAUUUACCAGCCUCGCCCCUCCGACGGGCGCGCCGUUAACGAGAUUAGCAAUUAAAAAGCGGGCGAGCGGCAGCGACGCGGGGCACCCCAGGCCGAGCCGGACGGGACGGGGCGCCUGGCGGCCGCGCAGCAAAGCAGCAGAGCGCGGCGCCCGAGCGGGAGCGAGCUCCGCGGCCAUGGAGAAGGCGCGGCCGCUGUGGGACAACCCGCUGCAGUUCGUGUUCGCCUGCAUCUCGUACGCCGUGGGCCUGGGCAACGUGUGGCGCUUCCCCUACCUGUGCCAGAUGUACGGCGGAGGUAGUUUCCUGGUGCCCUACCUCAUCAUGCUCAUCGUAGAGGGAAUGCCGCUCCUGUACCUGGAACUGGCGGUGGGACAGCGCAUGCGGCAGGGCAGCAUAGGUGCCUGGAGGACCAUCAGCCCCUACCUCAGUGGUGUCGGCGUGGCCAGCGUGGUGGUCUCCUUCUUCCUCUCCAUGUACUACAACGUCAUCAACGCGUGGGGCUUCUGGUACCUCUUCCACUCCUUCCAGGACCCCCUGCCGUGGUCUGUCUGCCCACUGAAUGGCAACCGCACAGGCUACGACGAGGAGUGUGAGGCAGCCUCCUCCACGCAGUACUUCUGGUACAGGAAAACCCUCAACAUCUCGCCGUCCAUCCAGGAGAAUGGGGUCGUGCAGUGGGAGCCGGCGCUGUGCCUCAUCCUGGCCUGGCUCCUGGUGUACCUGUGCAUCCUGCGGGGCACUGAGUCAACCGGCAAGGUGGUGUAUUUCACUGCAUCGCUGCCCUACUGUGUGCUCUUCAUCUACCUGAUCAGGGGCCUCACGCUCCAUGGAGCCACCAAUGGCCUGGCCUACAUGUUCACUCCCAAGAUGGAGCAGCUGGCCAACCCCAAGGCCUGGAUCAAUGCAGCCACCCAGAUCUUCUUCUCGCUGGGCCUGGGGUUCGGCAGCCUAAUCGCCUUCGCCAGCUACAAUGAGCCCUCCAACAACUGCCAGAAGCACGCCAUCAUCGUGUCCCUCAUCAACAGCUCCACCUCCAUAUUCGCCAGCAUCGUGACCUUCUCCAUCUAUGGCUUCAAGGCCACCUUCAACUAUGAAACCUGUUUGAACAAGGUGAUUCUGCUGCUGACCAAUUCUUUCGACCUUGAAGAUGGCUUUGUGACAGCCAGCAACCUGGAGCAGGUGAAGGGCUACCUAGCGUCCGCCUACCCCAGCAAAUACAGCGAGGUGUUCCUCCAGAUGAAAAACUGCAGCUUAGAGUCGGAGCUGAGCACGGCAGUCCAGGGCACUGGCCUGGCUUUCAUCGUCUACUCGGAAGCCAUUAAGAACAUGGAGGUGUCCCAGCUGUGGUCGGUGCUCUACUUCUUCAUGCUGCUGAUGCUGGGCAUGGGGAGCAUGCUGGGGAACACGGCCGCCAUCCUCACCCCUCUGACGGACAGCAAGGUCAUUUCCAGCCGCCUGCCCAAGGAGGCCAUCUCAGGUCUCCUGUGCCUCGUCAGCUGUGCCAUCGGCAUGGUGUUCACCAUGGAGUCCGGCAACUACUGGUUCGACAUCUUCAACGACUACGCCGCCACGCUGUCCCUGCUGCUCAUUGUCCUGGUGGAGACGCUCGCCGUGUGUUACCUGUACGGGCUCAGGAGGCUAUUUGCCUGUUGACCCCGCUGGACCCCAGCAGUUUACCCGGGCAGGAAAUCGUGCCUCCAGGCACUAGGCACUCUGAUCAUCGGCCAACAUCAGUAUUUUUCAAGCAAGCUGAGCAAAGUCCAGUUGAUAACACACGCCUUAGAAAGUCUGGCCAGGUCAGGAUGUCAGGUUCUCACCCUGGUGCACAGCGCCACACCGGAAUGUUUUAAAGCUCCCGAGGCGAUGGAUGUGCGGCCGGGCUGAGAACCGCUGGUCUAGAGCAGCUUUUGUGCAGCAGAACCGCCUGGGGACGGGUUCACACUCUGACCGCCAGGCCACACCCCUGGGGGGUCUGGGGUAGGAUGGGGAGGGGCAAGAAUUUACAAUGCUAACAAGUUCCCAGAGGAGUCUGGGGACCACCCUCUGGGGACCACUGGUCUAGAGAGCCUUGCUGCUCCGAGUGUGGCCCCAGAGUGGCAGCAUCAGCUUCAUCAGGGAGCUUGUUAGAAAUGCAGGAUCCUGGGCCCCCAGACCCGCUGAAUCGGAUCCUGCACUUCAACGUGCCCCGGGCCGAGGCAAUUACACUUGGGGAACCACUGCUCCAAUGUGAGCCUGAUUAGAAGGGUGUGCCAAGUUGCCAUCCCUUCCCCACCUCCCCAGGCUUCUCUGAUCCUCCCAACUGUGGGAGAGGGAGGAGGAGGAGGAGGGGGACGACCACCUUUGACCCUCUAGGAGCCAGGCCCCUUGAGCUGCAUUCUCCACUGUGUCCCUGGAAGCACUGGGGUCCCAUGCCACACUGAGGGACUUCCAUGAUCAAAUAAUUUCAGGACAUAGCAAGUUAAAGAAAGCCGAAGUUUCUCUCCUGUAGGACUUCUCAGAGCCCAAAGACAAUUGUAAAUCUCAAAGGGGGGUUAUAACUCGCAACAUUUCCAGAAUUUCUAUGGUCAUGGAGGGACCAAAGGGCUUCCCGGGAUGUGCGACUUUCCAUGUUAAACCUGGGAGAGGCUUGGGUGAACUGAGACAGAUGGGUCACCCAGGAAAUGCCAGUCCAGAGCGCUGGUCACCCGAGCGGGUGGGUGUUUCAGGUAAAGAGAGAAGGUUGGGGGAGGAACAGAAGCUCGGGCCCCUGGGAGGCGCUGGAGAAGGGGCACAAGUCCAUCCAAACGGGGUGGUGGUAAGUGGUGACCAAGGAGGGAGAAACAAACGGUGCCCUGGGGAUUUUGUGGGCGGCUGAGCGGGAGGGACCAGGAGAGGGGAGUCCCUUCGCUUGCUCAGGGGACAGCGCCAUCUAGUGACCACUUAGUGACACUGCCGUGCUACCUUUUUAUCUGCAGCCGGCUCUUCCCACCUUCCUCUGUCCAGGAGAGAGGUGUGCAGGGGACGUAAAGGGACAAGCGAACUUGAGAGGAGUCUUGAAAAUUCCAGGUGUUCACAGUAUGCACAGGAGUCUUCGUGGCCUAGAGCCUAGGGAGCGCUAGGUCAGCAGCAGCGUGGGGGCGGGCAGUGGUCUCUCCGCUCUCAUGUGGGAACCCAGGACAUACCGCAGGUCCAGGUGAGGCAGGUGGCUGUGGUUGCAGCUGGUGAGAGUCCCAACCCGCCCCGGCCCCACCCCUCCUCCCUGGCUGCCUCUCCUGCCGUGGGGAGCAGCUUUAAAGUCCCUGGGCUGGAGGUAGGGCACCAAUCCAGGUUCUGGGCCUGGGUCUGCCACUAGCUGGAUGCCCUCAGGCAAGUUACCUCACAGCCCCGGGCCUGGGCCCCUUCCUUGCAAAACGGGGAGAUAGCUGGGUGAGCAUUUCCCAAAGUGUGGACGAUACUCUCCAUACUUAUUUGUGUGUGUGUUAGAAAAAUACAUGGUUAGCCUAUCAAAUCCAUGAUAAAAUGAAUGCUGUUGCACUAUGGCUAAAUUUAGGUGAAAGAGUCAAUUUAAAGAAAAGGAAAAAGAGAGGUUUGCAGAUAUGACUGAACUCACCAGUGGUGGCCUGCGGGCGGCUUUUGCCCUCGCCAGCUCCCGCGGGCCAGGGCCAAGGGCCUUCCAGCCCAGGGCGGCUCCCCUCAGCCCCAGAAAACCUUCUCUGGCUUCAGGGGAGAAAAGAGCUUCCCCUCUGGGAGCGUUUCUAAUGGGCAGUAGAGUCGCUGAUGGACAGCAGGGCACUGGGGGUUGGUGGGGGCAGAGCUGCCCUUGGGGUCCCCUGGUGUUGACUGGCUUGACAGAUGUCCCGCCUGAUAUCUGUUCCCGCCGCCCCGGGGAGCUGCCCUCUGGCUCCACCAGCAGCCUUCAUCUGAAGGCCAGCUCAAGGAAGGUGUCUUCUGGUGUCGACUUAUCUGUGAGGUAGUUGUCCCGGCUCUGUGGCAGCCCCAGCCCUUCUCCCCUCCCCACCCCCAACACCCCUCUCCCCAGAAGGAAUCAGGGACGUCCCAGGGGUAGUGUCCAAACCCCAGAGUGCCCAGAACAGAACCUCUCUAAGCAAUUAGGGGUGUGCAAGCUGGACCCCCUCACCCCAGCAACAUGGAUAAUCCAGACUUUCUCUGCCUGCUUCC